CUGAAAUAUUUUUACUAAUUAUGGACUUAGUAGUAUUAAAGUAGGAUGAAAUCCGGUUAAUUUGAUGGAUUGGGUCAUAUUGAGAGAGCGAGCCCAUGAAAAUCGAAAGUUGAUUGGUCUUCAUAGUCAACCAAUGAUAAACCGGUUUGGUAAAGAAAACCCUACAUUACGUAGAGCUUCUUCUCUCCAUCGAAAUCCAGCGACGACGACGAUGAUGAUCUCUCGUCGAUUAGCUUCCAGAUUCCUUAAACCCUCGUCUUUCUCAUCCCUCAACACCUCCCUUCACCAUCUCCACUCUUCUUCUCCCAUAAGAAACCAUUUGAUCCACAGAUCAGAAGUUCAAGAGCUGGGUCUCUUAAGAUCCUUCUCUGCUUUCAUCACCAAUCCCAACACCGAGAAGCUCCGAUCUCAAACAUGGCCAACGAGGUACUUCUCAACACCAAGCCAAGAGGUCAAUCCGAAUCCCGAGGAGGAGCCCAAGAUGAAGCACCAGGAGAUCGAAGGACCGACGGUGGAGCGCGACGUGUCGGCGCUAGGUAACGAGACGAGACAAGUGUUCGAAGGGAUGAUGAAGAACAUGUACAGUCUAAGUGGAGCCAUGGGUCUUCUCGGUUUAACUCAGUUGGUCGUCGGAGGCACGAUUCUGUACGCGACUCGUUCGAAUCCGAUUCACGAGAUGACGAUUCAGAGCUGCAUAGCGUUCGGAUUCCCGUUCGCGAUGGCGUUGAUGCUGAGACGUUCGUUGAAGCCGAUGUAUUUCUUCAAGAAGAUGGAGGAAGCGGGGAGGUUGCAGAUCCUGACUUUGACUCUUCAGGUUGCUAAGAAUCUCAAUGUCUUGUUCGUUAGAGCUCGUGUUGUGUCCAUCUUGUGUGUUGCUGGGUUGUCUUGCGGCAAUCUAUACCUCUUGUUGUCUCCAUGAAAAAUGGAUCAUUUUUUCUUGUC